GUGGGGAAGCUAGCUGUUUAAUUUGGGCAUGUGGGUGGUCCAUGGCUGCGUCUCGACCACACGCAUGGCACUCGACAAACCAAAUUGUUGAAAAAGCAACAACACCAACAACAAUCCUAGAAGCUUAGUACUCCUCCUCUUCCUGCGAAUCAGCAAUGAAAAUUAAUUAAUAUGAAUGGAGUUGCUUCCAAGGGACUCGAAGAAGCUUGAUCAGCCUCACCCGAUGGCGAGGGCAUCGUCGGAGAUGGAAGGGAGGUGCAGGAAGCACCCUGAGCACCGGCAGUCCCAAGGAGUGUGCGCCUUCUGCCUCAGGGAAAAGCUGUCUCACCUCUCCGCGUCUUCCUCCGCCAAUUCCUUCGCCGCCUCUUCCUCCUCCUCUCGCAACUCCAACCUCUCUUCUUCCCCUCCUAGCAGCCAAGCCCUCGCCAAGCCUGAGCCUCUGCGGAAAAGCCGGUCGCUGGCUUUCACGAUCGGGAGGCCGGGAGGUGAUCAGGAAGAUAAGGAGAAGAAGAAGAUGAAGACGAUGAAGAAGAGGAAGAAGGAAGAGGAGGAGAAGAAGAAGAAGAGCAAGAAAGGGAGCUUUUGGUCGGCGAGGUGGACUCUCUUCUGAUCGAUGCAUGCGUUUUCUCUGCCUUAAUUUGAGCAAGAUUUUUACAAGCCUUUGCCUUAUAAAAGUGUUCUGUACUGUGCAUAAAAAAAAUUCCCCCCUAAAAUUUCAAAGAUACAGAUCAGAACUUGUACAUGCAACUCUGAAUAAAUUUCCUUAGCUAUUUAGUGAUCUCAACCAUGAGGUCUUUCUGUUUA